AUUUGAACACAUUAUCCCCUUCAGCUCGCUCACUCACUCACGGUCACAGUUCCGAUUUUCUCAGCAAAAUCUUAGAGAGAGAGGGAGAGAGAGCACAACGAAAAUGUCAAUUUCCUUAUCAUCACUCACCUCGUCCCUCUCUUCCCUCUCGUUUUCCUCCCAAAUUUCCCACAAACCAAAUAGCCUCUCUUUCCCUCGGCCAAAGCCUUUCUCGCUCUCGCGCGUGACCGCCACUGCCCCUUCUCUCGUCGCCCUCGCCUCCGCGGCUCCCCCGGCUGAGCUGGAGACGACGAACCUCAAGAAGUACGUGAAAUCAAGGCUUCCCGGUGGCUUCGCCGCCCAAACGAUCAUCGGCACUGGCCGCCGGAAAUGUGCCAUCGCUCGCGUCGUCCUCCAAGAAGGCAACGGCAAAGUUAUCAUCAACUACCGCGACGCCAAGGAAUAUCUUCAAGGCAAUCCAUUGUGGCUUCAGUAUGUCAAAGUCCCAUUGGUAAGUUUGGGAUACGAAAGUAGUUAUGAUGUGUUUGUCAAAGCUCACGGGGGUGGCCUCUCUGGUCAAGCCCAGGCAAUCUCCCUUGGCAUUGCUCGUGCACUGCUACGGGUGAGUGAGGACCACAGGGUCCCUCUGAGAAAGGAAGGGCUUCUGACCAGGGACUCCAGAGUUGUUGAGAGGAAGAAAGUUGGUCUCAAGAAAGCUCGCAAAGCCCCACAGUUCUCCAAACGUUGAGGUUGGGCUUAUUGGAUGGAAACAUUUGUCGAUAUGUUUUACAAAUUUGUUUGUUGAGCAUCUUGGACAUUUACAAUUUACAUUAUCAAAAUAUCUUGGCUUUUGUUUGUUGA